AUGGGGGAGCAGGAAGUUUUAUGCCUAUCUCGUUUCAGUACACUUCCUAUUGUUGGUGACUCUAUUUGGCGAUUGACUAUGUACAAUAAUCUGAAUGCAAUGGUGUUAUUCCUACCACUCAUCGGAGAAUUGGGUGAAGUGAUAUAUUUUCGACGCCUUUUUAAUGUGCUGUUUUGGAUGUGGAUGUCGUUAUCUGGAGUUUUCGGUUUUGCCAUGGGAUACGUUACUGGAUGGCAAAUUCAGGUUGAGAAUGGCUACCUCAGCAUUGACGCACAACAUAUCAGGAACUGCGAAGGCGGCAGCUCAAACAGUGAUGGCAGUCAUAUACUUUUCAGAAGUCAAAACAUUUAUGUGGCAAAAAGAAAGCUAAGUCGUCGAGUCAUCGACCCAUGUGUUACUGUAGAUUGGCAGAUUUUGCUCUUUUGCGCUUCUGGUCAAGGCUGCGAAUGGUCAGAUAGAUUUCCAUCCCAAUAUCUGCAAUUAGAAACUCCAACAUUUGUAUUACACCGUGCAGUUGUGGGUCAGCAACGUCAUCGUCUUGUUUGGAUCUGCUGCAUAUACUUACGUGAGAAAACAAGAGAUGGACAAGAAGGUAUGUUGCUUGCUUCUAUGCGCUGUUACCGGAUAAGUGGCAAAAGAUUCGAAACUUGUUGCUCAAUCUCAUGA